ACCUCAGAUCGGCAUCGGCCUCUGCGGCAGCAUCCGGAUCGGUUGCGGCAUCGACAACGACAUCGGCCCCCGGCAGUGCGCCCAAUGCCCCUAACACCCAACAGCACACGCCUCUUCAAAAGAGGAAGUUCAAGCUCGUCGAGCAGAGCGGGGCGCUAAGCGUCGGGGCGCUGGUCGUGGGGGCUCCCAGCGCCGACGAUAAUCUAGCCGGUGUCAGGGAUGGCGCGAUCAGUUUUGCUGCGGCGGCCUCGUCGCGGGCCGCAGCGCGCGUGUCCCCGGCUGCUCCAUUACCACCACCGGCCAAGAAAUCGCACAAGGUCAAGCCGGAACCUAAACCUGAAGUGCCUGCGCCUGGGGUCGGGCCUAGUGUCUCUCAAGGCCCACCACAACAGACGUAGCUACCGCUGCAACCGAUCUCCAAACCCCUGCUAGAAGGUGUCCUUGACAAGCUGCAAAGGAAAGACACCUAUGGAGUUUUCGCAGAACCUGUGGAUGCGGCUCAGGUUCCGGAUUAUUAUGACGUUAUCAAAGAUCCGAUGGAUUUUGGAACAGUGAGGAAGAAAAUUAACAAGAACGCUUACUCGACCAUGGAGUCUUUUGAGGGGGACAUAUAUCUUUUUCAGCAAUGCGAUGCGGUAUAAUGGGCCUGACACGAUCUACUACAAGCAGGCACAUGCAGCGAAAAGUACUGCAAACGCUAGCCCCUCUAACAAAGUGGAGCUGGAUCUAUUGCCGCAAGCACAGUACAGGUGACCACUAUUCAAGCACCUGCAGGGUUGGUUGUUUCACCUGCUGCACCUUCUCACAGCUCCAGUUCUGCUGCUGCUUCCUGUGCAUCUCCCGGGAACUCAUCUGCUGUGCCUCUGAAAGUGACGAGUCAAGCUGGUGUUGACAGUCCUCCGUCUGGUAAAACGGGACAAGUAUACUCUUCUGGAGCUUUCGGAAGACCAUUCAUUUCGUCUUCUAAAACCCCAUCUGGUUCUGCAUCUGUUUCAAGCGUGGCUAAGUCACCUCCCAAGCAGUCAACUUUGUCGCAUACUGCGAACGCCGGUGCUGUUUCCACUGCCUCAAACGGAGGGGUCGUGACUAGUCCCGGAACGAUGGCCGCAUUUUCGUCCGCAGUGUCACAGCAGGUGCUGAGUGGUGUUCAAGCAGGUUCAGGAUCCCUGAGUUUGCCAACUUCUUCGAGCCCUGGACAUCAACCUGGCUCCUCCAAUGUACCUACAUCCGUGAGUGGCCAAUCCGGCCAUGCGCCAACGUCAUCUAGUCCGAUGUCGGGGGUGUCCAAGCCCAAUCUGUUCCUUCUGGAGGAACAAUGUUCAACAAACCAUCUGGCAUAGCAUAAGGACCUAUGAGCACCGGCAGCCCGGUCAAACUUUCGCCUGGCCCUUCAAAGUUGAGUUCUGGUGCUGUAGUCACUCAAUCAGGGCACUCUCCAGCAGGUGCACAACAAGCCUUAGGAGGCGGUGCAAGCUCAGUGCCGAAUAGUCCUGCCGAAGUCGGGCAGCUUGGGAUCAGCUCGGGCACAAUGACAAGCUUCUCCCCGGGAGCUCCCAAAUCAAGUCUUAUGGGAGGAACUUUCCCCAGUUACACUUCUGUCAGUGCCCAAGCCAUUUGCAUGGGGCCUGAAACGAUCUAUCCCUCACUGUCACAGACGGUAUCAGCUGGCAGCAAUAUCUCCAGCUACCAGCAAUCAUCAACCAAUAAGAAAACGGUUCAGGUACAUGGCGUCUUGCCCAGCUUCGAUGCAAGCGCUGUACAAUCAGGUCUAACAGUAGGAUCCAUGUCCGGAUACUCUUCCGGGACAGUCCGGACUGACUGGGGCCUCUAAUAUGAGUUUUUCCGCUGGCCCUGGUAAUCCGGGCCCAGCUGUACUUAUGGCGAGCUUUCCGUCCAGAGUUGCAGCACAAUCAGAUCGUCCUGCAGGUCUUGUAAUGAACUACCCAACCGGAGCGUCCAAACCAGGACCCGGGGGGCUGAGCAGUUUGUCAUUUGGAGUUUCUCAAACCGGCUUAACGGUCUACUCUCCUGGAGGGGGCCAGGGAUCGGGGCCCAUGGCCCAGUCGGUGCAGCAGCAGCAGGGUGCUGGUCCUUCGGCCGGGGCCGGGCAAUUAGGUGCCAUUGACAUGAACCCCGAGAAGGUCUUACUAACAAGGGUGCAUAUUAGCGGAAUCGCAAAUGCAAAAUCCGAAUCGCAGGCACGAAGCGGGAGCACGAGUGGGACUGGCGCUGGGGCUGGCCCGUUGGUUGAGACCAAGAGCUCAGCGCUGACGCAGAAUGUAGGAGGGAAGCAGAAUCGGAGCAUGGACGGCGCCGGUGGUUCGGCCGAAGGGCUGGCUGGUGGGGUUAGGUUGGUGUGGCCGAAUUUGGUGGCCACGCAGGAGCAGGCAGUUCGGGCUAUGAAUCUAAUUGCCGGGGGAAAGCCUUUUCCUAGGGACUGGACUCCCCAAAUGAUCCAGCACGCGUUCGCCAUGUCAGCGGGAAGGGAGGACGGUUCCAUGCAGGCCAACGUGCAAAAGUGGGCUCAAGAAUGGGUCAUGGGCGUCGCCCAACAGCAGGCCCAACAACAGGUCCAGUUGCAAGCCCAACAGCAUGCCCAACUGCAAGCUCAGCAACAGGCGCAGUUGCAGGCUCAGCAAGAGGCCCAAGUGCAAGUCCAACAACAAGCGCAGCAACAGGCUCAGAUGCAAACAACACCCAACAAGCGCAGCAGCAGGCCCAAAUGCAGGCCCAACAACAAGCUCAGAUUCAAGCUCAGCAGCAGGCUCAAAUUGAAGCUCAGCAGCAGGCCCAGAACCAAGUCCAGCAACAGGCCCAAAUGCAAGCUCAGAUGCUAGCCUAGCAACGGGCCCAAAUGCAUCUCAUUUAAUUUUGAAUUAUUCUUAGUAAUUCAUGUAUUAAUUUAUUGUAUGUUCAAUCAUAAUAAUACUAUGAAGUUGUAUAAAUAUUUCAAAUAUUUGUCAUUUGGCACAACUU